UUCCGGUGUGUAGGAACUGCAUCAACACUGUCAACAGAGGAAAUACAUUGUCAUGGAGUUUAUUGUUGAUUUUCUAAGAGUUAAAGUUUUUAUUUUAGCGUUAUUGAAAUGAGACACUGUAACUGGACGUAUGCACAGAUGGUACAGUGUAUCUCGGAACUUUCUCUUCCUCGGAUAAGGCAUGCAUAACGGCUGGCACACAUGUCCCAUGGAGAGGAGAAAAUAACCCCGAAGAGGAGAAGGAAAAAGAAGACGUCUCUGUUGCCCGGCUCCUAAAGUGAUCAAGCACUCUGAGAGAGAGAGAGAGCUAGAGAGAGAGAGAGAGAGAGAGAGCGAGAGAGAGCGAGAAGAGAGAGAGCGAGAGAGAGAGAGAGAGAGCGAGAGAGAGAGAGAGCGCGAGAGAGAGAGAGCGACAGACAGACAGACAGACAGACAGACAGACAGACAGACAGGUAAGAUCGAAGGGGGAAACAGAAACAAAGCAGUGAAACAAACAAUGGCUUUCUUGGACAACCCAGCCAUUAUCUUGGCCCACAUCCGGCAGUCCCAUGUGACCAGCGAUGACACGGGCAUGUGUGAGAUGGUGCUAAUCGACCACGACGUGGACCUGGAGAAGUGGCAGCUGGCCUCGGUGCCCGGCAGCAGUGGGGGUUCACUGGGUUCGGGCUCCCUAGGCGAAGGGGAGAACCCGGGCUGCGACCUCUCCCAGUCAUUGGACAUCACCUCCAGCUGGGACUUUGGCAUCCGUCGGCGCUCCAACACAGCUCAAAGACUUGAACGGUUAAGGAAGGAGCGACAGAACCAGAUCAAAUGCAAAAACAUUCAAUGGAAGGAGAGGUCGUCCUCGCAAUCAGCGGAGGACCUGGGUUCCCUAUUUGAGAAGAGGGACUUUAAAGGUAGACCCAGGAGCACUGGUACCAAGUCGACCCUCUCUCUCCGGCUCGAGCAAUGCCCCCAGCAGCUCAACAACCCUUUCAACGAAUACUCCAAAUUCGACGGCAAGGGCCACGUAGGUACAACCGCAACCAAAAAAAUUGACGUCUACCUCUCGAUGCAGUCUGCACAGGAGAAACUGCAUCCCAUGAUGGUGGUGACCAUCGCCAACGCUCGGGUCCACGACCUCAUUGGCCUCAUCUGCUGGCAGUACACCAGCGAGGGCCGCGAACCCAAACUCAAUGAGAACGUGAAUGCAUACUGCCUCCACAUAGCAGAGGAUGACGGGGAGGUGGACACAGACUUCCCCCCUUUGGACUCCAAUGAGCCCAUCCACAAGUUUGGUUUCAGCACUCUGGCCCUGGUCGAGAAGUACUCGUCCCCCGGCCUGGCCGCCAAGCAGUCCCUCUUUGUACGAAUAAAUGCUGUCCAUGGUUUUUCUCUCAUCCCAGUGGACAGCCUGAAGGUGACCAUGAAGGAGAUCCUGCAGAAGGCACUGAAGAAGAGGAAAGGCUCUCAGAAAGGCUCUGGUCCCAUGUACCGUCUGGAGAGGCAGACGGAGCCCAACGUGCCCGUGGAUCUGGACUGCAGCCUCGAGAGCCAGAGCACCCUAGAGUUCUGCCUGGUCAGGGAAAACAGCUCCAGAGGAGAGGACAGUUCAGAGGAGGAUCCUCCCAUGGACAUCACCACGGUGCAGGACAUGCUGAGUAGCCACCGCUACAAGUCCUUCAAGAUCAGCAUGAUCCACAAGCUCCGCUUCACCACUGACGUACAGCUCGGCAUCUCGGGGGAGAAGGUGGAGAUCGACCCCGUCACCAACCAGAAGACCAGCACCAAGUUCUGGAUCCGACAGAAACCCAUCUCCAUCGACUCAGACCACCUCUGUGCCUGUGACCUUGUGGAGGAGAGGAGCCCCAGUCAUGCAAUAUUCAAGCUCACAUACCUCAGUAACCACGACUACAAGCCCUUGUACUUUGAGUGUGAUGCUGCUACUGUCAAUGAGAUCGUGCUUAAGGUGAACUACAUCCUGGAGUCUCGGGCCAGCACGUCGCGGGCGGACUACUUUGCCCAGAAGCAGCGUAAACUGAGCCGGCGCACCAGUUUCAGCUUCCAGAAGGAGAAGAAGUAGAGGAGAGACCCUGGAGCCACUGUCUGGAGCCACUGUCUAGACCCUGGGGCCACUGUCUAGACCCUGGAGCCACUGUCUAGACCCUGGAGCCACUGUCUAGACCCUGGAGCCACUGUCUAGACCCUGGAGCCACUGUCUAGAGCCACUGUCUGGACCCUGGAGCCACUGUCUGGAGCCACUGUCUAGACCCUGGAGCCGCUGUCUAGACCCUGGAGCCGCUGUCUAGACCCUGGAGCCGCUGUCUAGACCCUGGAGCCACUGUCUAGACCCUGGAGCCGCUGUCUAGACCCUGGAGCCGCUGUCUAGACCCUGGAAUCGCUGUCUAGACCCUGGAGCCACUGUCUAGACCCUGGAGCCACUGUCUAGACCCUGGAACCACUGUCUAGACCCUGGGGCCACUGUCUGGACCCUGGAGCCACUGCCUAGACCCUGGGACCACUGUCUAGACCCUGGAAUCACUGUCUAGACCCUGGGGCCACUGUCUGGACCCUGGAGCCACUGUCUGGACCCUGGAGCCACUGUCUGGACCCUGGAGCCACUGUCUGGACCCUGGAGCCAAUGUCUGGACACUGGAGCCACUGUCUAGACCCUGGAGCCACUGUCUAGACCCUGGGGCCACUGUCUAGACCCUGGGGCCACUGUCUAGACCCUGGAAUCACUGUCUGGACCCUGGGACCACUGUCUAGACCCUGGAGCCACUGUCUAGACCCUGGAGCCACUGACUUCACUCUCACAGCAGAGGGCCAAGGGAGAGAGUGAAGAGUGUCACAGUCAGAGAUAUAAUAAGAGUGAGAGAUGAUGAGAAAUAAAAAGAGAGGGAGAUCAAGGCCGCAGGAAGAUGUUUUUUCGUUCUCUGCUCAUACAGUAAAGGCCUAGUUCACUAAUUUUGAAAAAUAUAUAUUUUAUGUAGAUUCAUCAGGGGGUGCUGUAGCACCCUCGACACCCUUACUUCUCGCAGCUAUGAGGGAGAUGCGUCUUGAUCCUAGAUAAUUAAAGAGCUGCCUCCUAAACUCCAAUGUCUUCACAAAAGGGUCUCCACUCGCUAGCCAUAUCAGAUCUAAUGUUCCCUGCCUGCCCUUUGUCCUUUUAGGAAUGCUUAAACAUAGAAAACAAGAACAAGGCUUGUAGUCCUAUUCUGAAGGAGAUGACGGAAUGCAACUCCCCCCUGUUAUUGUCAAUCCCAUGAACUCAGGAUGGAUCAGAGGACCACGGUGUUGCUUUAACACCAGUGUCAAUCAACGAAACCUUGUUCCAUCCACCGCCUACAAAUCAAUUCUACAUUUGAGAGUUGAAUGCAUAUACCGAUGGCUCGAGUGAAAAGCGAAGCCAUCAGGACAAUGAAAAUACUAAAUCCCUCGCUUCUGCUCUUCUCUACGUAUGGAGAUGUAAACUUAAUCAGUCUUAUGUUGUACAUUGGUAUGUAAAGGGAACAUCCUUACAUUUUUAUUUGUAUAUAGAUAAUGAUUACAUUCAGGGGUUAAUUAAAUGAUAUGAUGAAACCUGCUUUGGCCAUAGUACAUUCAGUGCCUGAAACCUUUAAAAUAGUGGCUCACUACCAAUCAAUGCCAGUUCUGCUGAGGUGCUGUGAGGGUUUUUAAAAACACAAGCAAGACGAGUACAUAAAGGAAGGCAUUUUCCAUACUUUCGAGUCUGAAAGAAAACUCUCAAAACGACUUAUUGUGAAUAAAGGUAGCAAGGGGAUAGGAAGGGGUACGACCUGACAGAUUUUUAUGAUUUCAAACAAAACAAACAAAAAAAAUGUACUUAUUACCUGUACUUUUUACUGUGAUCUAUACAAUAAUUUUUUUCUUCAUUGUAUCUAUGGACUGUAAAAUAAUGAAUGAAGCACUGUCUGUUGAACAGAUCAUGUAUGUUCAGACUGUCCCGAUGGGAGGCACAUAAGGAAUGUAUUACAUUUACAGCAUUUUGUUGAUGUUGUUAAUACAAUGACAUUAUAUAAAUUCUGCUCAUA